AUGGCGCGGGUUUCUCGGACUCUCCUGAUCUUCGGCGGGUUCUCCGCCGCGGUGGGCGCGGCCUUCUACCCCAUCUACUUCCGGCCGCUGAGGCGCCCGGAGGAGUACAAAAAGGAGCAAUCGGUAAACCGAGCCGGUAUUAUCCAGGAAGACAUUCAGCCUGCAGGGUUAAAAGUAUGGUCUGAUCCGUUUGGAAGAAAGUAA